UGCUCCUCGCCCUCCUGCUCCUUCUCGCAGCCUUUGGGCUUGGCGGCUCCGCGGGCGCUCUCCUUCCCCCCGGCCGCCCGCGGCGAUGUUCAACCGCGCCGUGAGCCGGCUGAGCAGGAAGAGGCCGCCGUCAGACAUCCACGACCGGGAUGGGAGUUCCAGCAGCAGCCACCAGAACCUCAAAAGCACGACCAAGUGGGCAACCUCCCUGGAGAAUCUGCUUGAAGACCCAGAAGGCGUGAAAAGAUUUAGGGAGUUUUUAAAAAAGGAAUUCAGCGAAGAAAAUGUUUUGUUUUGGCUGGCAUGUGAAGACUUUAAGAAAAUGCAAGAUAAGAGACAGAUGCAGGAAAAGGCCAAGGAGAUCUACAUGACCUUCCUGUCCAGUAAAGCCUCAUCCCAAGUCAACGUGGAGGGCCAGUCCCAGCUCAAUGAGAAGAUUCUGGAAGAACCACACCCUCUGAUGUUCCAGAAACUCCAGGACCAGAUUUUCAAUCUUAUGAAGUAUGACAGCUACAGCCGCUUCUUAAAGUCCGACUUAUUUUUAAAACACAGGAGAACUGAGGACGAAGAAGAAGAUCUACCCGAUACCCAAACUGCAGCUAAAAGAGCCUCCAGAACUUAUAACACGUGAAUCCCCCAAAGAGCCGGGGCCUCCGCUUGAAGGAGCAACGGACUCACUGUCAAGACCUGGCUGGGUUGAUAGUUGCUUUGUUAUUUGCAAGGACUGAAACAUACAACACCCUUCCACGGGAUACAUGUAUUUUAUUAACUGCUUGACCAGUAAGUUUUGCAUGAUGGCUAAUCUUACAUAAAAAAACAAACAGCUUUGAAGUUUCGAUUCGCACACAUACAUGCAAAGAAGGGGGUGGGAAGACCCUGAAACACUGGACAUUUUGAGCAUUUUGUAGCUUGAUUAAACUUCGCAUGAGGCCACAGGUGAAUCCCAGAAGCACUUUACCUUGGAAGUCUUUGCCCCUGGGGCGAGGGUCCAGGUCUGUCCUGACAAUUACCAUGCAGAUUGGCUCAAGAAUGAGUGGGUCUGGUGGACUCAGGCCGCCGGGGGCAUCGCCUGUCAAGCGCCUUUGGGUUAAAUACUUCUCGAGAAUGAGUCUAGUGCUAGAAAUAGAAAAUUAAUCACCGACGGCCUCUAAAGGUUUGGGGGAGCUGUGUGUGAACAUAGUCAGAGGGUUAUUACAAUUUCUCGUGCGUGGGUUGGUCCUGGUUUUGCCCCCAAUCCAUGACAUUUCAUGUAACACAGAUAAAUAGUUCAUCUUGACAGAAACAAGGUCUCAACCAGGAAGCAGAAAAGACACAUGGGAAAUUGUUCAGGGUCCCCAUGGCAACGCAAGGUGGUGUUGAAUGGGAGCCUAGCUCCAGGCGAGCACUGAAGAUGGAGUUGGUGGGGUGGCUGUUCCCCUUCUCCCUCAGCCCAUUUCUAUUCAACUCCUACCCUUUGCAAGACUUGUUAACUUCAGGCUAGAGGCUUCAACCUGGGGAAGAAACGGUGUCUUUGAAAGUCUCCUCUCCUGGGCGGAGGCUGUGAAGGAGCCGUACUUGGCCUAGGCCAGCUCAGCCUGCCCAGGUAACUCCUCUUUAGAGUGGAGACCCAGGGCCAGGGGCGGCCAGGGCUCCCUUCUGCUGGGAGUCCUGCCAUUGCAGGUGCGGGGUGCUGCUGCAGGCCUGCCCCAGCCGGUUUGCAGACCUUAAACUCCUACUUCACAAAUAAAGCAACCAACCUCACUCUGUUACUUGUG